AGCGCGGGGUACUUCCGGUCUGCGCAGAGGCAUUACGAGGCUACCCAGCCGACCAAUCACAGAGCUUACAGUCUGCGUCGACUCGACGUGUAGUUACAUUUUGGAGGAGGUGCACGUCAGGCGACGCCGUAGCCUCUGCACAGCCCCGUCACCUACGCCGUCGAUUUGACGCAGAAGUAUAAAUUGCACUUUAUGCUGUUUGAGAUGUUAAAAGAUGUCAGAGUUGGGAUCCUAUGAAAUUCAAACUCACCACUGCUUUUUGCUUUGAAGGACAAAAUUCCAAUCUUUUAACAGCAAAAGUACAUGAUACCAAAAAGAUCUGAUUUUCAUUUUAAUUUUAUCUUUCUGAUCAUAUUUCAUCUCUGACAGAUGGGAUGGUUUGGGUUGACACACAUAACAUUUUAAGGCAUUCUUCACAAGCAGACAAGUUUUUCUGAUACAUAGAAGGAAACUAGACAAGAACAUGUUUUAUUACGGUUUUGACCUUUUGUAAGAAUGUAAUGUAGUUUUAAAAUCAAAUUAAUGGCUAUUAAAGGUUGACAUUACUGAAUCCACCCCAAAAGUGCACCUUUACGCUUUACAUUAAUGAGUGCAGACAAAAGACUAAGCAAAGAUAAACAGAGGAAAUUUAUGAUUAUCAUAACAAUGUCUAGGACAUUCUGUAUUUUUAUGAUAUUGUAUUUUAUAUAUUUAAAAACUAAAAGAACAAAACUUGAAUACUUCGCUUUCUAAUGCAGAUACAGCUAACACUUGUUUUUACUUUAAUGAUGAAGGGGGCAACUUUUCCAGGCUUGAAUGCCAGAUAAGAAAGCCUGUUGUGAAUCAUGUUGACUUAACAUGCUGUAAUUUAUUUUUCUGCACAAUUCUUCUUUUAAAGGCCCUGCAUAGCCAAGGUAAACCCACACAGUUGAUUUGACUGAUUAGACCUUUUGUCUGGAAUGUGUGGGCGUGUACAGACCACUCCACUGACAUCUCACCUGCGCUUCCUUUAGUUUUAUUGCACCUAUUAGGGCAGGACAAAUAACAUCGUUAUCAUCUUUAUUAUACAUGGAAGCUAGUUGGCCUGAUGCAACAUACCUGUGUGGUUGUGCAGUGCCUUUAAGGUACAGUCUGCUACAACUCAAAUUGAUUGACGGAAGUUUGAAUACAAAAGGCAAUAGCAACAUUUAUUGGUUGCUGCAAGAAAAUAUACAUUACUGAAGUUUAAAGUGCUAUCUAGGAUUCAAACUCUUCAACUGUGUAUACUGUGACUCAAAUUUACAAGGUAAAAAACAAUACAAAUGGUGUCUUUGUUAUUAUCUAUGUUAUUGUUGUGACGCAUACUUUGGUAUAUCAUUUACAUCAUGUACAACUCCAGUCAAUGAAGCUGAUUAUUAAAGUGAUUUUGUUUUCCAUUUAAUUCCAUUCUUAUCAUCUUAUAACUUUCUUGCUAGGAGUUAGAUGAGAAUGUCUGUGUGUCCAUAUGUGAAGCUGCAGUCAGGAGAGGGCUAUUAAUCUCUUACCUUGCACUUUACUUUAUUAUUAAUCAACACGCACAAAAAAAGAACUCCCCAAUAUUUCUUGACUGCGAAUUACAACUCUGAAGCUGAUGAACAUUUUUUCCAUCUUGACGUCUUGUAAUUACAGUCUUUUUUUGUACAAGAUAUAACUUAAUUAGUAAAUUAGUGUGCUUUAGAGAUGUUAGUUGGCAGGCAUUGUUUCCUUUGGACAGAACCAGGUCAGCUGUUUCAUGUCUCUAUGUAAAGCCUCUAGCUUCAUAAUAUACCAGACACAGCACAGCACAGCAACAAGAUUUUCAAUCUUCUCCUAUAAACUUCUGCAAGAAAGCGAAGUGUAUUUCUCAAAUUCUUGAUGUAUUCCUUUAAUGAUAUCACCGCACCAGGUAUAGAAAACAGGGUGAAGGUUGUGGUUGAAGGAAACAUGUGGUGCCAGUACUGCUGAGUCAAUGCCCUUCAAUAUAGUGACUGAUUGAUGCACCUGCUUUACCUGUCGUGGUCCAGCAUCCCUGCCUCCUGUUUUUUAAUCAAAAUGUUUUCAUGUUAUUAUUUAUCAUUCUAUCAUGUUGAUAGGGAAAUAAAAAUGGUCUCUGGUUACUUUGACAAAGCUGUAAAGUAGUUUUAUUUUUUCAAAAUAUGUGCAAGUGGGUGGCUUUUGCAUAUGAACACGCAUAUGUUUGAGUGCUUGAGCAUAAUGUGUGUGUGAUUGGUGUGUGCAUAUGCUUUUGUGCUUCCAUUUUGACCUUGUUCAGGCUAACAGUUUUAGGCAAAGGGCAUUUAGAUAUUAGUGAUAUACUUGAUAUGAACAGCAACCAAUAGCAGACAUACAACAGGGCUCAGAUAGGAAAGUUAAUCAGCUACAGACUUGUGGGCCUAGUCGGCAGAUAACAAAAGCAUUUACAACUACCAGCUCAGCACUGAUUCACAUACACACAUAUAUAUAUCUCUGUCCUACCUUUCACCACUCCUUCCCUACCGUCUGUCAAGCUUGUUCCAGUGGCCAGUUUGUCAGUCUGUGAGUGAACCGUCAUGAGGACACUGCUGCUGCUGUGGGCGACGACCUUGUGUCUCUGUGUGUUUGUCGCCGCUGACACACAGGCAGACAAAUCAUCCCCUGAGAAGGAUGGAGUUUUACAGCUGAAGAAAGGAAAUUUCAACAGGGUACUGAGAAAACAUAAACAGCUGCUGGUGCACUUCUAUGCUCCUCUGUCUGGAGAAGGCUAUCGAGUCUCAGCAGCCUUCGAAGGUGCUGCUGCAGAGCUUCAGGGGUCAGAGGUCAAACUGGCAGUGCUUGAUGUGACAAAGGAGAAGGACCUCGCUAAAGAACUCAAUGCGACAGGACUUCCCACAAUCAGGCUGUACCUUUCCGGAGAUAAACACAACCCUGUGUUCUGUCCUGCUCCUAAGAGCUCGGCUUCCAUCUUGACCUGGCUGAAGAGGAGGGCUGGGUCUGCUGCUGACCUCAUCACUGAUCUUAGCCACUCCGAGGUCUCAGAGGAACUGACAGUGGUUGGAUUCUUUAAGGAGCUGAACAACGAGUACAUCCAGGUGUUCUACGCUGCAGCGAUCGACCUUCCUGAUGUUAACUUUGCUGUGACACAGAACAAUGAAGUUAUCAGCAAAUAUGGUGUCACAUAUGAUGUAGUACUGCUACUCAAAAAGUCUAAGCUCAUCCAGGCUUACAAAAUGAUGCCUCAGACAUCCAAAGAGGAGCUGGUCGUUUUUAUCACCGUCUACCAGAUGGACCCAGUGACUGAGUACACUGGUCAGACAGCCAAUCAGAUAUUAACAGCACCUGUGUUAAACCACGCCCUCCUGUUUGUCAACAAAAGCUCUGCUGACUUUAAAGAGAUCUACUCUGGUUUUAACAGUGCUGCUACAGCAUUCAGGUUGAAGAUUUUAUUUGUGUGGGUGAACGUGGAUGAGCCCCGUAAUGGCAGGCUAAUGGAGUACUUCCGGGUUCGUGAUUUUGAGGCUCCACUCAUCCGAAUGGUCAACCUGACAGACCAUGUGACCUAUCACCUGCCUUCUGAAACUUUGGAUGUAGAAACCAUAAAAACAUUCUGCCAGUCCUACCUAGAGGGCAAGGCUAAGCCUAGGAUGCAGAGUGAGCCGAUACCUGAAGGUUGGGACAAACAGCCGGUGAAGGAGCUGGUGGGAAUGACUCUGGAGAAAGUCGUCUUUAACCCCAACAAGACUGUUUUUGUCCUCUUCUAUCUUCCCUACAGUCAGGAGUCACGUGCUGUGUUUCCACUUUGGGAGGAGUUAGCUGAGACCUUGAAGGAUCGAGAAGACAUUGUCAUUGCUCGCAUCGAUGCCUCAGCCAAUGACAUCAACAUGUCAAUGCAGGGCACCUACCCAUCACUCUGUUUGUUCCCUGCUCUAUAUGCUGAAAGAAUGCUGGUUUACCCUGGUAAGAGGAAGUUGAAGGACCUGGUUAAGUUUGUAGAUAGAGAGAUGGAGAAAGCCAAAAAAGACAGAGUGAAGGAGGAUGAAGACAGGAGGAAGUACAUCGAGGCCAUAAAAGCUGAAGAGGCAAAAAAAGCCAACAAAUCCAAAGAUGAGCUUUAAUCCAAAAACAAAGAGAGUACACUGUGUGUGUGUGUGUGUGUGUGUGUGUGUGUGUGUGUGUGUGUGUGUGUGUGGUAUACCUUUCAGUCUGUACUUUCUAAACAUGUAUCAGGUUUUAUCUACUCAACCAAGUUGUCAAUAAGCAUCUGGUCAAUCAAAUCUAAUAAAGUCUUCACUUACAAACUCUCA